AUGAAUCGGCCAGCAUCUAUCACGCAAUAUCAGCGGCACUCAGCCCACCUCAUGUCCAGAGUCCUCAAUGCCCGCGCCAACGCAUCGCCUUUUACGCUCGUUCUUGACGAUCUCAAUCAGCGUGCGCAUCCCUUUCUAUGCGAGAUGAUGCGACGCGCACUAUCUCGAAACAUCAACGUUGUAGUCGUCACCUUUGAGUCGUCGCAUUUCAUGCCAACUAUCCGUACCGUCAAUGGUUUUGGCGCCACCGGCGAGGAUGUGCUGCAUGAACUUCGCAAGGCCCUGAGUGGUGCAAAGGAAAGUCUUGUCAUCAUUGACUCUCUAUACGAUGCACUCAAUGAGAAAGGUAUCGAUAUGGGCAAGCUUUUCAACCUCGUUGCCAUGGAGUUCGCGUCGACGCUCGUUGGUAUCUAUCAUCAAGACAUGCUAGCUGCAUAUGACGUGCGGCCUGAGACGCCAUACGCCCCUCAGGUGCUCGAUCUGGUCAUGUACAUGGCGACUUCAGUCAUCACUUGCAGGUCGCUAGCCCAUUGUCUCGCUGCCAAAGCAGCUAGAGAGCGCAGCUUGCCUGAGCCUACUCAUGGUCUGCUUCAGGAGGCUGAAGGCGUCGUACAGUGCCUUGAUGCCAACGACUGUCGCGGCAUUGUUCUUGAGGCUGAAUUCCGACGCAAGUCGGGUCGUCCAGAGGGCGAGACUUUCUUCCUCCGGCCCGGUCGUCGCUCGGAUUACCAUGCCCCUGGCGGAGGCCUGCCCUUUGGCACACUCAAGCAGGAAUUCGUUAUCCUUUUAGAUCAGUUGCCUGCGUAUGCGAACCAGGAGGUCACCGGCCUGAUCAAUGCGGCCGGCAAUGAGAUUGAGUCAACGUUCAACCUUGGUCUCACCGACAAGCAGAAACAGGCGCGUGAAGGUGUCGUACUUCCCUACUUUGAUGCCCAGAAGGGCGAGGGUGGUGAGGGCGGUCGGAUCCUGUAUGACAUGGGCUCCGAGGACGACUUUGAUGAAGAAGAGGACGAAAUCUAA